AUGAUGACUCUACAAUAAAGUAAUUAUUUAUUCUUAGUAAUUAGCUAUGAAGAAAUUUGAUUUUUUUGGAUAAUUCAUAACUCUUAAUAUGAAUAAAUAAAAUUGUUAUACUACUUCAUUGGGAGGAGUAUCAUCAAUUAUGAUAAUUAUAUUUCUUGGAAUAUUUUUUUAUAGUAACAUAGUUGAUUUUGUUACUAAGUAAAAAGCUAAUGCAAAAUUGUAAACUCUAUUCAAUAUUGAUCCUGAUAUGGUUAUUUUGAAUAAUACUAAUUUUAUGACAGCAUUUUCUAUCGAUUAAGUGAAUUUUACAAGUCGACCCUUAUUUAAUAUUACUUUAGAAUAGAAGUAGUAUUGAUUAAUAUUUUAGGUAUUAUCAUAGAUAAGUAAAUGGAACAAUGACAAAAACAAGUAGUUUUUUAGAUCUUUAACCUUGCACAGUAGAUCAAUUUACUACUAAAGUUAAGAAUGGUAAUUCAAAAGCAAUUGAACAAUAAUUUUAGUCUUUGGGAAUGAAUAAUUGGCUUUGUCCAAAGUAAAUAUUAUAGUAAUUUCUUAGAGAUGAUUUUAAUUUCAAAUUAUAAGGUGCUUAUGGAAGUGAGAAUUUCUAUUUUGUUAAAAUAACAGUUAAAGAGUGUGUAAAUAAUACAAAGACUUAGAUUGAUAAAUGGAAUCCAAUCUGUGCAAGUUAAGAAUAAUUUGAAAUAGCUUUUGCUAAAGAUGGCUUUUUCAAACUCUAAGUUUAUUAAAUAAAUACAGUUGUUAAUCCAGGAUCUCCAUCUAAUUAUCUUGAUAUUUAUUUAGAUAGCGAUUUAUAUUUUAACUUUGUACCUAAUACUUUUAAUAAUAUGGCAAAUAUUUAUUACAGAUAAUAUGAUAUUAAUAAUGACAAUAGCAUUAUACCAUUUAAAGAAAUAGAAUAACAAAAGAUCAUUUUAAGAACAUCAGAAGACUUUCGAGAUUUAUCAAUAACAUCUACAUUAAAUAAUUAAAAUUAUGCAGAAAUCUAUCUACGAAGAAGUUAAAUGAAUGCAUAAAUUGAUAGAAGUUAUUAAUAAAUAGGUGAAUUAUUAUCAUAUCUUGGUGGAUUUAUGUAAAUAACCAAACUUAUUUUUGGAUUAUUCAUUGCUUUUUAUAAUAGAACUUCAUGUAUAAAAUAUAUAUAAAUCUUAGUAUUGAUUGAAUUAUCAAAUAAAUUAUAUGAUUUUAAAGAAGGAUAAGAUAGAUUAUCAAGUAAUCCAUCAUUUAGUUCAAGAACACCAAGAUUCAUUUAAGAUGCAUUUAAAUUGAAAGGAUUGUUGGAUACUAAGAAUUCAGAGGGUGAUGGUAUGAUUUCUUAUAAAUUGAUAGUAAAGAAAAGAUCAAAUACAAUGAUUAGAUAGAAUGUACUAAAGAAAUUAAUUAAAAAGUCAGAACCAAUUAGAUUUAGUGUUAAAUUAUUUUUAAAUUAAAUUACAUGUGGAAUAUGUUUUAAUGAAAGAAACUCAAAAUUUUUAAAAAAAGCAAUGUAAAUUUAUAAUUUUAAUAAAAAUAGUGAUAAAAUGAAUGAAGAUUUGGAUUUACAUAGUAUUCUAUUUAAGAUAAAUGAGAUUAAUAAAUUAAAGGAAGUUUUAUUUAAUUAGUCUUAAAUAAUUCUAUUCAAUUUUACACCAAAACCUAUAAUUGCAUUGAAUGAUGAUUAGAUGAUACCAACAAGAAUGAAUUUUGAAGAUGAUGAAUAACCAAUAUAACCUAAUCAAAUCAAAUAAUAACUUAGUUAUUAUGAUAAAAAUUUACAUAACAUAGUUUAUUAAGUAUAUAUAUAAUAUUAUUAAUUAUUAGGCUUAUACAGAUAUGUUAGAAGAGAUUGAAGAUGAAGAUGUUCCAAAAUGUUAAUUGGAAGUGGAUUUAAAACUAAUUCAUUUAUUGGGACAUGACAUUACUAAAAUCUUUAGUGAAUAAUUAUAAUUAGAUUAACCAUAAAAUUAUAUGGAUUAUAAAAUAGAAAGUGGGAAAAAUAGUUUAAGAACAUUACAUAAAAUAGUUACUAAAUAAGCAAUUGAUAAAGUAGUAGAAACAGAAAGAAAUGAUGGUAAACUUAUUUAAUGA